CUGCGCAUCGGCGGGGGGCGGGACCGAAGCCGAGCUCGGAGCGGGGCGGCCUAGUUGGGCCUUUGGUGCGGGCGAGAUGCGGCUGGGCUCGGGGUUGGGCCUGGGGGCACCCAUGCCGCCGCUUCUGGCGCUUCUGCUUCUCCUCCGGGCAGCGGCCGGAGAGCCCUGCGCCCCCGCCUCGCCCUGCUCUUGCCGGCGAGGACUGUUGGAUUGCAGCCGUCUCCGUCUGCCGGGCCGGAGCCUGGAACCGGGCCUGCUUUCGCCCAUGCCCCAUGGCACGACCGUGUUAGACUUAAGUUAUAAUCAUUUAUUAUCCUCAAACUGGAGCAUUGGUUCAUCAGCUCAAGCACUACAAGAAGUGAAGAUGAAUUACAACGAGCUAACAGAUAUUCCCUUCUUUGGUGAAGUGACAUCUAACAUCACACUUCUUUCACUAGUACAUAAUAGAGUCUCAGAGAUAAUCCCUGAACAGCUUCAGCUUUAUGUUUCCUUGGAGAAUCUCGACCUCAGCUCCAACUUAAUAUAUGAAAUCAAAGCAUCUGCAUUCCCACGAAUGCAGUUGAAGUACCUGAAUCUGAGCAACAAUAGAAUAACAACUCUGGAAGCAGGCUGCUUUGAUAAUAUCUCUAGCUCACUCAUCGUGGUAAAACUUAACAGAAACCGAAUCAGCAUGAUUCCAUCAAAGACUUUCAGACUGCCUCAUGUUCAACUCUUGGAGCUCAAAAGAAACCGGAUUAAAGUAAUCGAGAGCCUUACCUUCCAAGGCUUGGAUUCCUUAAAGUCAUUAAAAAUGCAGCGCAAUGGAAUUAGCAGGCUGAUGGAUGGUGCUUUAUUUGGUUUGGAUUAUAUGGAAGAAUUAGAUUUGGAACACAAUAACCUGACUGAAGUAAACAAGGGUUGGCUUUAUGGCUUGAGGGCGUUACAACAGCUCUAUGUCAGCCAGAAUGCCAUUAACAAGAUCAGUCCAGACGCAUGGGAGUUCUGCCAAAAGCUUUCUGAACUAGAUCUGUCAUAUAACCAACUGACCCGACUGGAUGAAUCUGCGUUCAUUGGACUUAAUUUAUUGGAGAGAUUAAACUUGAGUGAUAACAGAGUCAGUCAUAUCGCAGAUGGUGUCUUUAAGGGACUUUCAAACCUGCAAACUUUAGAUCUGCGAAAUAAUGAGAUCUCCUGGGCCAUAGAAGACUCAAAUGAAGCAUUUGUAGGUCUUGACAAACUCAAUAAAUUGAUUCUGCAAGGAAACCGGAUUAAGACUGUCACAAAAAAAGCAUUUUCUGGUCUUCAGGCUCUUGAGUACCUAGAUUUGAACAACAAUGCAAUAAUGUCUAUUCAGGAACAUGCAUUUGACCAGCCUCUUCUUAAAGAACUGGGAUUGAACACCAGCAGCUUACUGUGUGACUGCCAGCUGAAGUGGCUGGGCCCAUGGCUGACCCACCGCCAUUUACAGGAUGAUGUCUGUGUGGCUUGUGCUCACCCAGAAUGGCUAGCUGGACAGAACAUCCUCAACGUCAACCCUGAAGACUUAGUUUGUGAUGACUUUCCCAAACCGCAGAUCAGAAUUCAUCCUGAGAGUACUGUUGCACUUAGAGGCACCAAUGUGACCCUCACUUGCAAGGCAGUGAGCAGCAGUGAUUCUCCGAUAUCCACCACCUGGAGGAAGGACAGUGAAAUUCUGUAUGAUGCGGUCAUACAGAAUUUCGCCAGGUACCAGCAACAAGAUGGUGAAGUUCUGGAGUACACUACUGACCUGCAUGUUUUCAAUGUGAACUUCACUGAUGAAGGACAAUACCAGUGUAUCAUCUCCAACCACUUUGGAUCCAAUUAUUCCAACAAGGCCAAGUUGACUGUCAAUGAACUGCCUUCCUUUGUGAAAACUCCUAUGGAUCUAACUAUACGGACUCGAGCCAUGGCUAAAUUGGAGUGUGCUGCAGAAGGCCACCCCACCCCUCAGAUUUCCUGGCAGAAAGAUGGGGGCACAGACUUCCCUGCUGCUCGUGAAAGGCGCAUGCAUGUGAUGCCAGAAGAUGACGUCUUCUUCAUUGCAAAUGUGAAAAUUGAAGACAUGGGAAUCUACAGCUGCAUGGCCCAAAACGUGGCAGGGGGUCUAUCAGCAAACGCAACCUUGACUGUAUUAGAGACACCAUCAUUUGUCAGGCCCCUGGAAGACAGGACUGUGGCCCAAGGAGAAACAGCCGUGUUGCAGUGCAUCGCUGGUGGCAGCCCUGCCCCUCGAGUGAACUGGACCAAAGAUGACGGGCCUCUGACAGUAACAGAGCGGCAUUUCUUUGCUGCUGCCAACCAACUGCUCAUUAUUGUAGAUGCUGGCUUGGAGGAUGCUGGGAAAUAUACCUGUAUCAUAUCCAAUACACUUGGCACAGAGCGUGGUCACAUCUACCUGCAUGUCAUAUCCCCGCCAAACUGUGACUCUACCCAAAAUGGCAUUGGAAUUGAAGAUGAUGGCUGGACAACAGUUGGCAUUGUAAUCAUCGUUGUGGUUUGCUGUGUUGUGGGCACCUCUCUGAUAUGGGUUAUUGUUAUCUACCAUAUGAGGAGGAAGAGUGAAGAUUACAGCAUAACUAACACAGAGGAGGUAAAUUUGCCUGCUGAUAUUCCUAGUUACUUAUCCUCCCAAGGGACUCUGUCAGAGCCACAGGAAGGCUACAGCAAUUCUGAGGCAGGAAGCAAUCAGCAGCUGAUGCCUCCCGCCAGUGGUUAUGCACACAAAGGCACAGAGGGAGGGCCAUUGGUGAUCUGUUCAGACUGCUAUGACAAUGCCAACAUCUACUCCAGAACUAGAGAAUAUUGUCCUUAUGCAUACGUCACUGAUGAAGACCCCCUUGAUCAAACACUAUCCAACCUAAUGGUGCAAAUGUCCAAAGAACCUUACUCAGUGUGCACGCAGCAUGAAGCCCCUACUGUGGACAGUAUCUCAGCUGACAAAGACAUGUCAGUAUUUCUUAGCAAUCAUGACAGAAUGCAUGAGAGGAAACCUUGCUCCCAACCCUGUAACACUGAUCCUUUUCAGCUGCCUUUAUGGGGCAUCAAUAAAGAUCUUGGGAUGCCACAACCUCAUUUCUUACCUCAGCCCAAGACCCAUGAAGGGCCUCAAGUUCUGCCAAAUGAGGGCACUGCAGAGAAUGACCACGAGCAGGUUGUUUCCCCCAGGCCUCACCACAGGCUACAUGAACAUAAUUUUGAUUUUAACAGGACUCGGAACAUACAGGAAUAUCACGAAACUACAUAAAUGGCAUCCAAAUAGGAAGCCUUAGCAGCACGUUUGAAGCGGUUGACAAUGUCUUCACUACCUCAGGAUUUGCCUUAUGGCCAAAGAUGCUCCAUGCUUGUAACAGAGUCUGAGCAGACCAGCCCAGUGACUAGUGCCUCAAGCAAAGAGUGUAAUAACAGAAGUCCUUUCUUCCAGAAGGCUCACCUGUCAUGGCAAACUGAAUGGAGGACAGAAAAGAAUAAACACUAAUUUUAGUGGAGGAAUUGCUAAUGCAAGUUACCUUUAGUGUAUGGGAAACAAUCCCAUUAACGCUUCACGUUCUCUUUCCUGCCGAAGAAACCAAUUUUAAAGAGCCCUCUUGCAAAGUCCCUCUGUAAAUAUGCGCAUAAACCUUCUGGUCCUUCUGACCACUAACAGGAACUUGCCUCAGUGUGUACAGUCACAAAUUUUAUUUACUCUUUCUCUGCUAAAGGACUUCAGCUGUAAAUAUAUUUGCAUAAUAUAAAUAUUUUGUAUACACUACACACACAAUUGUCAGGCUGAAAUGUAAAAUUUCUGUUAGGCCAAAAAAAUCCAACCACACUGUCCAGUCAAUUCUGGCAUCUGCCAACCACUCUGCAAGAGACUGGAAAUUAUUCAGUUUCCCUGGAUUAAAGGUGUAAUGGCCAGUUUGUACCAUCUUGUUUCGUACACCGUGAUUACCUUUCCUCUUCAGUAUUCAUCAUGGGUUUCUGCACUUUGUUGGUCAUGAGUAUGGACAAAAUGGAAAUGGAAAGAGGAGGUUGCACAUGAUGAAUGAUCAGCCCUUUGGUUCCAAACAUGAGUAGGUGUGCAGGCAACUGGGGGCCAUGCAUGGCUUGGGAUAUUACCGGUUUGACUGGUUGGAAAUCUGAGCCUGAGAAGUCAUUUCCUAAAUGUCAUGGUUGCAGGGUCACAGCACUGCCUUUUGAGGCUGAAGCCUAAAAGGCAGGUGAAGAUCUUGCAAUUUGUAUUGCGGCUAAUGCUGGUCCACACAUGUUUGUUCAUCACUUGUUGAAAUGAAGGUAUAAGUGUAUGUAUGUGUACGAGCCAUCACAGGUUGACAGCUGCAGUUGUCUCAAAUGCAGGGCUCCUCAGUGGAGUCUGUGUGCACGUGCAGCUCUGAGAAAUCAAAGAAUGAGUAAGUAUGUCUGAAAUGGUCCUAAGAAUUGAUUGACUGAACAUCUGGGAUUAACCAUAGAGGAUCUCCUGAUCAUCCCAGGUGGCCGAGUGGGAUUAGAAUGGAAUUUGUCAUCCUUUAUAACAUACUGUUGUGUCCCAAAGUGAAAUGUCAGCAAUGGCACAAAAUCCUAACCAAAGCGAUUAUAUGGGGAAACUGCAGCAGAUAAAACUCAGGUUAAAGAUGAGAGGCUAGGCUAUUAGUUGUUCCUCAUAUGACACUUCAGUGUUCUGGACAACAGCCUGAAGACAUCCCAGAAUCUGUAAAUAUGGCAUUACAGGUAAAUUACAUUAGCCACUUGCGAUCUUCCAUCAAAAUAUGUGAAAACUACCAGAUGUGUGCAUAUGCUAAUUAACCACAUCCUGAGUUCUGUGUAGCUCAAAGGCUUUUUCUCACAGUUCAGUAACAGACGUUAUCUGAAUCAUCAUUUUACACUAAGAAGACAUGGACACAGAAGGACCUGCCAGGGAAAUUGUGACCCCAGCCAUUUGGAGGAAUUUGGCUGAUUGUAACAGCAAGUUUCUUGUUGGAGCUGGGUGGUCUCUUAUAACUGUAUGUUUUCUCUUACAUGAAGCAGAAUGUUCUGGCUGGAAACAGUGGUAUUAUUUUACCUAUGAAUACUCAAUUUCCCAGUGGACUUGUCCCAGUUACUCUGAGCAGCCAGGCAGGUACCAAAGCUAUAUAGAUGAAAACUCCUUUUAUGGUUCUCAGUUGCCUUGGGGGAGGGGGAGCAGUGGGAGAUGCCAACCUGCAUGCUGCUCAGUCCUGUUAGAUAUUGGAGCCAGAAGUCUUACAGAUCUUGUCCCCAUUUCAAGCAGAGGCCUUCAGGAGCAUCUGAAACUUCCAAAUCCGAAUCCGUUUAUAAUCCUCAAGAAACCGAAGUUGCUCUUCCUUCAUCAGAUGUUAGCUUCAAAUCACUGAAUGUAUUCUUGCUGCUCACUGCCUUCCUUCCAAGCUGCUUGCUGCUGUAUUGUAUGUGACAGCCUGUAUCUAAUCUGAAGCAGAAAAACUGAAAACACUGAAUAUGCAGUAUUGGAGAGGAGGGAGGAACCAACCUGUCAUCCAGAUAGCACAGGCACUUCGGCCUCAUACAUUCAAUUUAAAGUGAACAAGUUGUGCAGGAGAAGUGAUUGUGCUAUCUGUUGUAAAUCAGUUAAGUAUUUUAAGGAUGGAAGUCAGGCAGUUACUAAAACUGACCUGCCUAGCAUCUUUGAGGAGAAGACAGUGUGGUAUUAAUCAGUAUUUUGUAAUCUGAAUGAAAAGAAUGUCAUUCUGUGGUUAGAAAUCAUACAGCAAGGGAGGAUGACUCUGCAGUACUAAUCUCAUGUUGCUGAUUCUGCAUGUUCAGCAGUGCAUGCAUCUAGGACAGUUAAAACAUUCCUGUACUACUUCACGUAAAACUGCUCUUGUAAAUGAGCUAUUGGUGGAGAAAAAAAGCCUCAAGUUAGAGAUAACCGUGGAAAAUUCAUUGUGCAAAUAGAGUUUUAUCCUGCAUCUGUGUGCACUUCUAGAGUAAACUCUUAUCAGGAUGUAGGGUGCCCAUUUCAUGAAUUGUGGAGGAAUGCUCAUUCUAGAAAAUGAAUUAAUAUGAACAUGGAUAGAGCAAUUGCCAGGACAAAUCCCUGUUGCUGUGUUUUGGUUCCCAGCUAUACCUGAGAGGUCAUCCAGUGAAAUAAUUCACAAAGGUUUAGAGGAAGGAAUGGAUUUGUCAAAAUGGCUGAACCUUUAGAAGUCUUGUGAGAUUGAGGUUACAUUAAUGUUCAUGAGAUGAGUUGCAAAGGAAAGGUUUGAGGAUUAUGAAAUGUGGCAUUCAGGCCCCUUCCGCACAUGCAGAAUAAUGCACUUUCAAUCCACUUUCAGUGUACUUUGCAGCUGGAUUUUACUGUGCGAAAUAGCAAAAUCCACUUGCAAACGAUUAUGAAAGUGGAUUGAAAGUGCAUUAUUCUGCUUGUGCAGAAGGGGCCUCAGAUGUGCAUUGAAAGCCACCCUGACUUAUAGGUGAGCACUUUCUCCAAACUAAAGGCUCAAUAAAGUAUUUUCUUUGGAACUGGAGCGAGAGCACUUGUUUUGAAAUAUACUUCAUCUCUCCAAGGGAUCUGUGUCUUAGUUUGUAGGGAGGAAAGUCACAGAUGCUCCUCUUUUUGACAAUGCCAAAGUAAUUGUAGUUGGACAUUUCUAGGGCAGUGCAAAUCAAUGGUUCCUUGCUUGCAGCUGUCCUUUCCUUGUAUGUUUUUAUAUUUUCUCAAUUAUCAGAACGUAUAUUUUGUAUAGCAUGUGUAAUAUGUUUGUCUACUGUAAUAUGCCUUCCGUCAAUAAAAUUAAACACAGUCAA